AUGACCCCAAAGAUCACGUUCUUAAACCCCCAGAACCAUUCUCAAACCGAAACCAACCAGUCCUCAAAAAUGCCACACUUCCAAUCCCCAGAACCAGUCUCGCAGCCCGAUUCCUUCUUUUCAGACUCCUCAAUCCAAAUACAAAGCCAAGCCCGUUCUCAAUCUCAAGAGCGGGCUCAGAGGAUUCGGAUCAAGAACAGACGAAAACUCUACCUCGAUCGCCACCCUUCUUAUUUCGCCUCCCCAGAUCUGGAAUUAGCUGAUCCACUGCUCUACGACCGUUGCAUCCGACGUUUCCAAUCCGCAUCAGAGCGAGAAGCCGACGGUCGCGCCAAAGGCUACUCUGGUGUUCUGGAAGCAGACAUGUACCGCACUGAAGCCAAAAUCGCCGCCCUACGCCCAGAGUCUCCAUCCCAAUUCCCAUCAUCAUCCCGAACUAAGCCUCCGAGUGAGGAGGCAGCAGGGUUUGUACCAUUCGUGAGCUAUUUACGAGGAAGUCACGGGGAAGUAUUGCCGGAAGAGGAGGAUGAGGUACUGAAGAGCAAGGAAGAGGGCCUGGAGAGAUGGAAGUUUGGGAUGACUGUGAGGUUUCUCAGGGGAGAUGACGAGGAUUUUGACUAUGAGGCUGUGGAUGGGAGUGAUGAGUUAGAUGAGGUCGAGAGGAGGGAGAGGGAGGAGAGUUGGUUUGAGGGGGAGGAGCCAGAAUGGGUCGAGGAGGCAGCCAAGAGUGGAGAGACUGGGAUCCAAGAUUUCUGA